AGAUGAGUAAUCAUGCAGUGCUGCACUAAACAGUACCUCAAUUAAAAUGGUACUCUCCGAAAACAGCAUGAUUUUAGCGGAUUAGGCCCAAACACCAACCUCCGGCGACACGUUAGCGGCGAGGAUGCAGGGGAGCAGCGUGCUGCUGAUGCAGCUCCUCAUCGCGAGUGCGGCCGCGGCCAGCGCGUCGAUGCCCGCCAUUCACGCCCCUUGUCCGGUCGACUGCGUUUGCGAGUUGAGCGGCAUGCCUCGCAGGGUGGACUGCGCAGGACGGCAUUUGCAGAAUUUCCCUACUGAUCUGCACCCCUCCACGCAGCACUUGGACUUGUCAAACAACCAAAUAUCCGCUUUGCCACCGCGGCUGAGUCAUCUCGCACCGCAGCUGGAGACGAUUAUACUGAAGAACAACUCGAUUUCCACCAUUCCCGACGACCUGUUUCGCGGGCUGACGGACCUGCGCUCCGUCGACCUCUCGUUCAACCGACUAGGCGCGCCGUUUUCCGGCAAAAUCUUCUCGUCAAACUCGCGCAUCUUCGAUUUCUCGCUGAGCGGCAACUGGAAUUUGACGCAAUUGCCAAGCUUAAUCAGCUCCGAUUUGGAGAUUCUCGACUUGAGUUUGUGCGGCUUAUCUUUCGUGGCCGGAGACGCGUUUUCCGGCCUGACGGCGCUCAGGUCGCUCAACCUGUCCUUCAACCCCCUGGAGGCGUUCCCCGAAGGACUGGCGGUGAAGACGCUGCGCCAGCUGGACGUCAGUUCGUGCAACCUGACGACCCUGGCGGCGAACAGCCUGGCGCGCCUGCCCAACAUCCAGCAGCUGCAGAUCUCGCGGAACAAGAGGCUGGAGCUACCUGCCGAGGCGCCGCUGCGGUCCAAGUCGCUGCUCGAGCUGACCGCCGACCACUGCGACCUGAAGGGUCUGGCCCUGUCGCAGCUGCCGGCGCUCACGCACGGCUACUUCAGCUGCAACAAAAUCACCGGCGUCCACACGGGCAACUUCGCGAGGAAUUCGGCCCUGCUGGAGAUCGACCUGAGCCAGAACCUGAUCCGCGAGCUGCAGCACGACCUGUUCAUGAACGCCAAGCAGCUCGUGUCGGUCGACCUGUCGAGCAACAGGAUCGAGUCGGUGGGCAACGACCUGUUCGAAUGCUGCGGCGCCCUGCAGUUCCUGAACCUGUCGCGCAACGACAUCGCCAGUCUGCCCGACGUCCUCACCAUGCCCUCGCUGGUGAUUUUCGACCUGAGCCGCUGCCGCCUGCAGAAACUGCCCACGGGGCCCGACUUCCUCAGCCGCAUGAGCAACCUGAACACCCUCCACCUGGGCCACAACGAACUCAAGUCGAUUCCCAAACUCAAGUCGGCCUCCCUGAAGAGCCUGGACCUGAGCUACUGCCACCUGAAGCAGGUGGGCCACGAAAACUUUCGCAACCUGAGCAAGCUGCACAAAAUCAACCUCUCGGGCAACCGGCUGACCAACCUGAACGCCAGCACGUUCCGGGACAACAAAAACCUGGGCAGCCUGUUGCUGGACGACAACCCCUGGUUCUGCAACUGCACCGACCCUGAGUUCGUGCGGCUCUGGGAGCUGACGGAGCGGCUCUCCGAGGGCAGCAGGAACACGCUGCGCUGCCAGGACCCUGACGAGAAGAGCGGCCUGCUGUGGGAGGAGGCGUGCGGCCAGUCGCUGCCGGCCACCUCGCCCAGGGACAACACCGUCCUGCUGACCGUCAUCCUGGUGGCGUGCGUGGCCACCAUCGUGGCCGCCGUCAUGUGCUCCAAGCGGGCCCUGCACUCGGGCAGCAAGCCCGGCGGCAGCGGCGGCCGCCGCCUCCGCCGCAACCAGCCCGCCGUCCCCGCGGCGACGGCCUCCUCGGACGACGACUCGGACGACGCCGUGUCGGUGCGCGUGCCGCGCGCCAGGGUGCGCAGCGAGGAUACGCGUCAGUGCACGCCCUGCGCCGACAGGCAGCAGGCGGCCGCCGCCGAGCAGCCGCCCACCUACGAGGAGGCGGUUCUGCUCGCGGCCUCCUCGGUCAGUGUCGCCAUAAUUGACCCUGUUCUCAGUGCGGCCGACGCCUCGGACACGGAAAGCGGCGCCAGUGAGAGUGAAAGUAAUGUUGUUGCCACAGAGUCUCGAGUCACACUUUACUCCUCCUCUCCGAACGGGUUUGACGAAUUUCCGUUGCUGAUAACGCGCGGCACCUGCGGCGACAUGUCGACCAUUUUCGCGUGCACCAGGGUGGGCGAGUUGGGGCUGGAACGCUCCGGCUCGUCCGACGACGGCACGUGGAUGAACUUGCGCGGCGGCUUCUCGACGGCGUUGUUGACCGGGCGGGGCGACUCCUGCGGCUCCACCACCACCUGCUCCAGGAUCUCGUCCAUCUCCUUGGGCACGAAGCGCUUCAGCUGCUCGUCGUCGCAGUCCUCGUCGAUGAAGCGCGACACGCGACUCUCGAGCGGCGAACUCGGCGUGCUGAGCAGCGCCCUGGACAUUUCCUUCAUCUCGGUGCCCUCCUCGCCGCCGCUCGGCGGUGGCUUCCGGUUCUUGGCCACCUCGACCGUGCUGAUUGUGGCCACCUUGGCCACGCCGUCGGGUCUGUCCUCCACCUUGCCCUUGAUGGCCGCGUACAGCAGCACCCCGACGAACAUGGCCAGGAUGAUUCCGAGGAUGACCCACGACGUGGCCGACUGUUGCGGACUGCUGUCCGCGUCCUCCUCCGGCGCCUCGUCCACCUGCAUCUUGCCGCUCAUCUCGGGCGCCAUCAUCACCAGGUUGUUGGUCUCCACGUUGUCCACCUUCUUGUUCACGAUCGUGACCGGAGCGUCUUCUUCGUCCUGCUCGGGCACGGGCGACGCCACGUCCUCGAGGGCUCAGACUGGCGGUGACCUCGGCCACGGUGGGUUCCGGCUCUUCCUCCUUGUCCACGGGCAAACGGAAUUCGUCCUCCUUGGCGGCGGGGGUGGCCUCGAGGUCCUGGACACUGGCCGCAACGGCUUUUUCCUCCGGCACGGCCUUUUCGGUCGGCUUCUCGGACGGCACGGCGUCCAGGUUUUGGUCGACCUCUUCGGCAAUCUCCGGGUUUUCCUCAUCUUUGUAAUCUACCACCUUGUGCUCAAUAAAUUCGUGCUCCGUGACGUUUUCGUCCUCGUCCACGCCGUCGACGGGCUGGUCACUCAGCAUCAGGUCUUCGUCCUGGGGCAGCAUGAAGUCUUCCUCCUUCUCCGUGACGACGGCCGGCGUGACAGCCUUGAACUCUUCCUCCACGUCGUCUUCCGGAAACUGCAAGGGAAUGUCCUUUUCUUGGGAAAUCUUCUCGGGCGGAGGAGCGACGUCCAGGUGGGCGUCAGACGCGUCGCCGAGCAACUCGACCUCUUCGCUAGGGUCGACGUCUUUCGGCGGAGAGUCGUCUAUCCUGUCGAUGGUCUCCUCGCAAUUAGAAAAUUAGCGAUGAGGUGCCAGCCUGCGCUCGUCCUGAUUCUUCUCACCUUCGGACUUGGGUGUCAAGCGCAGGAUGAAGAAUUCGACGUCCCGCCCAAAGAAGAAUUCGACGUCCCCAACAAUGACUGCCCUGUCCAUUGUGUUUGCAGCCAAAAUACCGACCUGGAAGUCAGUGUCAGGUGCGAGGAUCUGCAGGACGGCAAUGGGCACAAACACCUGGUGGCCGACCUGACCGGCCAGAUGCAGGCCAUGGUCACCUCGCUGGAGGUGUACAACUCGAGCAUCCAUACCCUGAGGGAGAGCUUUUUGGUCGGUUCCAGGAACUUCAGCCUCCUGCGCUACCUGAGACUCAGCUUUUGCGAAAUCGAGAAAAUCGACCUGAAGGCGUUCAAGACCGCGUACUCCCUGGAGGAGGUUGAUCUUUCCAACAACAUCCUCAAAGGCGUCCUCCACGCGGAGACGUUCAACCUGCACUGCCCCAACCUGGUGCUGUUGAAGCUGAAAAACAAUCCGAAACUCGACCUGCCGGUCAACAAGCCGUUCCUCAAGUCGCAGACCCUUCAGGAAAUCGACCUUUCCGACUGCGGCGUCACCCACGUCUACCAGCAGUCCUUCGCGAAAUUGCAGCGGUUGACUUACCUCAACCUGGAGAACAACGCCAUCGAGUACGUCCACCCUGACGCGUUCGCAAAAUUGCCGCACCUGGAGGAGCUCAACCUGGCCUUCAACAGGAUCGUCAACGUUCCGCAAACCUUGCCGCUGAGUCUGCAAAUCCUGAGUUUGCGCGGCAACCGCGUCUUCAACGUCUCGUCCCUGACCGAGCUGAAUCCGGAAAUCGGCAUCAGCGACCUGGACGUCAGUCAGUGCGACCUGGACUUCCUCCCGGUCGACCUCUUCUACUACCUGCCUGAGUUGGUCAACCUGAACAUCAGCCAUAACCAGCUGACCACCUUGAACGCGCCGUUCGUUCUGCGCCAGCUGCAGUACCUGGACGUCUCGUACAACGCCCUGACAGGCACCCUGGACAAAAAUCUGUUCACGCACACGUCCAGACUGGAAACCCUGAGGGUGAGUCACAACCAAGGCCUGGAACUCCCCGAAUACGGCUUCCUGGGCGACCUGACGUCCCUGUUCUACCUCGACAUCUCAGGGUGCGGCCUGCGGCAGAUCAGGACGGCCUCGAUCGACACCCUCACCGGUUUGGCCCACCUGAACGUGAGCCACAACGCCCUGACCACCAUUCCCGCCCACAUCUUCCGAUCUUUGUCGCACCUGAGCAUCGUCGACCUGUCCUUCAACAGCCUCAAGCUCAUCCCUGCCACCCUUUUCGAGGACAACGCGAAACUGAGGCACCUGAUCCUGAGCCACAACGAGGACCUGGACGGCGUCUUGCAGAACGACCUGCUGGCGAACAACGCUGGGCUGAAACUGCUGGACAUCUCCUACUGCAGCUUCGACGACCUUCCCGAGAGCCUUCCCCAGAGCCUGACCAACCUGAACAUCGCCGGAAACCCCAUCGAGCAGCCGAACCAACUGCUCAAACUGGUGCAAGCGCUGCCCGAGCUGGAGAACCUGCAGGUCGGGCAGGUCGAGUGGAAAUGCUCCUUCUCCGUCACAUUCCUGAGGAACGCCCUGCAGACCAAGGGGGUGCGCGGCGAGCGGGGCGUCAGCUGGAGCAACUGGCACGACGGCAUCUGCCCUGACGACGCGGCGCACCAACAGAUGGCCAGCUUCCCGAUUUUCACGACCGACAGAAACCUGAUGGGCACGCACUUCUGGUCCAUCGUGACCUUCUUCCUCACCCUGUCGAUGUGCGUGGUGAUCGCCGUCGGCAGCACCGUCGCCUACAGGAGCUGCAGGAACAGGGUGCGCGCCAAGGCCGCGAGCCGCAAGUACCACACCCUGAGCGAGUCUCCGUCGGCGUCGCCGGCGCCGCACCGCAUUUACAAGGAGACCACCGUGCCCAUCAGCAAGGCGGACGUGCAGCCGGUCACCUUCAGCAGGAGCUUCAUCUUCCCCCGAUUCCCUGUGACUCAGUCCGAUCUGCCGGUGUCGUACGUCGAAGGAAAAUUCCACCACGACGAGCUCGUGCCGUGAUACGUUUGUGAAUAUUAGAAUUGAAAUAAUUAUUGUGAAUUGCUACUAGUCCCUUAAAACUAUUUUAGAAGGUGAUAUAUAUCGUGAUUGUACUUAAGAAUGAAAUCAAUAAACGUGAUGAUAAACAUUUCAUUUAUUAAAGAAAAUA